GGAAUACGCCUAUAUUAAAAUAAGAUGUCUGCUUUCCUCUCAGAAUACAUCAAAUUUAUAGCACUUUACUUCAAGAGUAAGGAUGUCAUGGUCUUCAAUGGCCUCAUUGGUUUAGGAACAGUGGUUGGUCAGACAGCAUACAACAUUUUAGCUUUUAACUGUCCAUGUUUACCAAAGAAGAAUUACCUGUACGGCCUGGCUGCCAUUGGUGUACCAGCCCUGGCUUUCUUUGUCAUUGGGGUGAUGCUGAAUCAGAAUACCUGGGACAUUGUGUCAGAGUGUCGGAGCAGAAGAUGCAGGAAAUUAUCAGUGACUGCUGCUUUUGCUCUGCUGGGCUCCACUGUGGGCAGAGCAUUCGUUGCCCCUGUCACCUGGACUGUAAUUUCGCUCCUGAGAGGAGAGGCGUAUGUCUGUGCUUUCAGUGAGUUCAUGAACCCCUCAUUUUUGGACGAUUUCUUUAUAACUACACCUGGUCCAGAAAUCAUGGCCCAGUUUCCAUGUAAAGAUGUACCUGCUCUGUUUAUGAACUACUCAGGAGAGGUUGAACGCAAGUUAAAGUAUGAAUCCCAGCUUUUGGGCUGGUUGCUGGUGGGAAUCUUCUCCCUAGCCAUCUUUCUGCUCCUCUGUCUGAAAAACUGCUGCUCUCCGCUUGGCUACCAUCAGGAGGCUUACUGGUCCCAGUACUGCUCCAGCGAACAAGUUUUUUUCCAGCGUACAGCUGAAGUACAUGCUAAAUACCAUGCGGCUGAAAAUGUCAAGAGUUUCUUUGGCUUUGUGGCCUUGGAAGAUCAGGAGAAGCAGCUUCUAGACGACUGCAAGGGAAUCAAGAGUGUCAUUCCCAGACUGGAGUGGAACCGCAUCACAGGGGUUUACAUGUACAGAGAGAGUGAUAACACUCCCAUAUACAGCCGCUUAAGCAAAUGGGCCAUGUACACAACUGAACAUGACUGUUAAGGAAUUGACAAAGAAAUGGACAUUUUAUCCUUUAAAUCUGACUAAUUAGUGUCAAAUUAAUGAAUAAUACUACACACCCAAAAAACGAAUAUCUUUGGAAUCAAGAAACACCACUCAGACACCACUCAGACCAUAAAGGGAAAAAAAAAUAGUAAAUUAAAUACUUAAAGCUUGUGAUUAUUUUUACUUCUAGUGCAAAUAUGUUUUAGUUUUUUUAAGAAAUCAGAUAAUUUUUUUUAAUAUUCAUAUAAUAAAUGUUAUCUAUUUUGAAUAUCAAUGUUAGAAGUACAAAGCUAAAUGUUUAUAACAAUAAUGUAAAAAAUCAUUAAAAACUUUAUAGCAAACAAAAAAACAUAAUAUUUCUGGACAAUGCUAUAUUGAGUCUGUAUUGAUGAUGGCUGCUGGAUCAUUCAAACCUGCAGCCUUUCAAAAAUCAGCUCAGUCUUACUGAGACUGUGCCUGUGCCACAAUUAGGCUUUUUUUCUAAACAGACAUCAAGUUGAAUGUUAAAACAUAGUCAAUGCAUUGCUGAGAUGGCCACUGUUGCUAUUAAAGAAAAGCUGUUUUAAAUUGUCAAAUGGAUAUUUUGUCAGACAUAAUUUCAGAUUUGAUGAAGAUUUGCUGGAGGAAUUCUACAGAAAUGGAUCAGUUUUAGAGUAUAGUGUACAAUUUGCUUUGCUGGACAUUGAGACCCACAAUAUUAUGGACAUUAAAUUCUAAAAUAAUUUUAUGUAUUUUUAGAUAUAAAAAUAUUUUUCUGAAAUGAUUUACAUUUAGAUCAGGCCUGAAUUGGCAAUCUGUUUUCUUUUGGCUCAUAAUGGCAUUAACCUUGGAAAUAUGUGGCAAUAUUACAAAGUUUAUAAACAGGGCCUUAACAGAGGCCAGAGAUAUGUGAAUAUAUGCGCUAUCAGAGAAAACACUGGACAGGCACAGGAAGAUCACUGUCCACAAUGCUCGAAAUAUUCGAAGAAAAUCCUAAAUAUUAAAUUGGGGGUGGGGGCUUAUAUGAAUGUAUCUUUGAGAAGAAUUGACUGUCUUCAGAAAAGUUUCAAUUGCAUUUUCUUUUCAUCUUACAUCCAUAUAAUGCACAUUAUUGUAGUGUUCAUAAGCACAGCACUGCUUUGUUAACAGGGGUAAAACAAUUUGCUUUGUUUACAACAGGUAAAUGCUAUAUCGCUGCUGUUCCAUAAUUAGCUUUU